GCCCGAUUUCUGAUGCUCAAUCAACACCAAUAUUCCCUCCAAGCCUCACUCGCUCUGCUGUGUCUUGUCUCCUUCAUCUUCUCUCUGACCGCAUCGUGGUCUCUAUCCCUUGGCAGCUUGCCCGCUUUCCUCGCGUUGGAAGCCUUAAUCCUCGCUGCAGUCGGACCACUCUCGCUAUCGUAAUUCCAAUCCGAGAGUUCUGUGUCCUCAUCGGAAUCCGAGGAAUCCGAUGAGGAGGAGGAGAUGGAAAUGCUGGAGAGCCGUCGCAUCAGGCUUUGGGGUGGUGGAUCAUCGGUCUCCCUUCGAUUGGUGGGUAAAGGGGAAGGGAGGACGCCAGCACGAUUUGAGGAGAUCAAGGUGAGUAAGCGCAUUGCGUGAAUGAUUAGAUGGAAGAAUAGAAUUAGAUUUUAGAAGGAAGAGAAGGAUUUGUACAAGUACAGCGACACAGUCGCCAACAACGUUUCAAAACUUGGUAUUGUGUGAUUCAAGUCAUCCCAAAAUCCAGAACAGAUCUCGCCUAUCAAAUUCUGUGUUCUCACGGAGAACAUCAACAGAAUUCAAUCUUGAACCCUCUCAACUCUCAACCUCUUCACAACUCAGCUCUUCUUCACCUCAACGGCAAUUUGCUCCCGGGAGUUUGACCUCGAGACAGCUAUAGCACGUUUCAAGUAUUAGGGCUUGACCAGACCGUCGACAAGCACCACCCCACAAGCCGAAACCCAACGUCAUAGGGGGACCAACAUCGAACUCCUAAUCUGCUUAUCUGAUCUCCGUUGCAUACAAUCCCGUCAGUAACCGCCAGCCAGCGUUCAGAGCGUUGAACCUUGGCCCUCUAAACUAGCCUCUACAAUUGCAUUUUCACUUUCCCAUCAGCAUUAUUACACGUUAUCAGGCGUAAAUUCAAUCAAGUCGAGGAUGGUUUAGUCCGUGCGUUUUCAGCCUCAUUGGACGACUAAUAAUUAACCUUACUCAGACUGAUCACGAGCAGGAGAACGUUACACCGGUACGAAAUACGAGACGACCUAACAAGACAACAUGACUACCCCUCGUGUAUUUGUCGUCCGUCACGGUGAAACAGAGUGGUCUCUGAACGGAAGACACACUGGCACAACCGAGUUACCACUCACGGCCAACGGGGAGAAACGUAUUCGAGCCACGGGUAGGGCAUUGGUAGGCGAUGAUAGAUUGAUAGUUCCUAGGAAUUUGGCUCAUAUGUAUGAUCUCAUUUUUUCGACCCCCACCAUUAUACACACCCCCAGACCUCCCAAACCCAGAACAAUCUAUCCACAAAACAAAGUAAAGACACUUCGUACUACUUCGAAGUAUAUCAAAAUCAAAAUAUAUACUGAUAUACAAUCAGAUUCGUAUCACCGCGCCACCGCGCCCAACGAACUCUGGAGUUGCUGGAUCUGGGCUGUAAAUCAAAGUAUCCAUGGCAAGAAUAUCCAUCUCUAUCUGAAGAAGAGAAAAAGGAAGGCGAUAUCCGCACCGUCGCCUCGGUAGAAGUCACAGAGGACAUUCGAGAAUGGGAUUACGGCGAUUAUGAAGGCAUAACAUCGCCUGAAAUCAGGGAGUUGAGGAAGAAACAGGGAUUAGGCGAGUGGGAUAUUUGGAGGGGUGGGUGUCCUGGGGGAGAGUAUGUUUUCUCUUCUUACACUUCCUCUAUUGAUUUAUCAUUUCUGUCUUCAAGUUUAGUCUUGAUUUGAUUUCAAGUUGAGAUAGGAUGGGAGGUGAUAUACAAGACUAACUCGAACCCCCCAGAUCCCCAGAACAAAUAACCACCCGCCUCGACCGCCUCAUAUCCACAAUCCGUGAAAAGUACCAUUCUCCAUGUAUCGGCAAACCAUUGUCUGAUAAACCAGCAGGAGACGUCCUUCUCGUGGCUCACGGUACAUUCACCCUUCCCUCACUUGCCCAUUCAUUUCUCCAUGCAAACGAAAACUAACGUCCAAGGCCACAUCCUCCGCGCCUUCGCGAUGCGCUGGGUAGGCAGUACCCUACAAGACGGCCCUUCUUUCCUCCUAGAAGCCGGUGGUGUAGGUACAUUAUCUUAUGAACAUAAGAAUAUCCACGAACCGGCUAUCUUGUUAGGUGGUAGUUUCAUGGUUGACAUUAUGGAGCAGGAUGAGAAGAAGAACUAGACGGGUACUCUAGGAAAUGAAAUAAACUCUCAUUAUCCAAAUAUACAUAAAAC